CGUCAUGUCUUCUGCUUGUGAUAAAACAUGUUCGUCCACAGAAACCGAACAUCAGACUCAGCUCAGAGGUUCAUAAAGAAAAGGGAACAAACCCUGAGUCCAAUGAAGACCAAAAAGACGACAGCGGCGGUCGGUGGAUGGAGUCUGUUCCUCUUCUCACUUCUGCUUUAUGCGACGCCUUCAAUGACUUUUUCACUGAAAAACUGCACUAUUUCCUACUCUGAGAAUCCAUCCGAUAUGAGUGUGAUGUGUUUUAAUUAUAGCCUGGUGUCGAUACCCGACGACAUCCCCCGAAACUCGACAACGCUAGAUCUCGGCAUGAACAGCAUCUCUACGAUCAACACCACCGAUUUAAGGAAUCUGUCAAAGCUCAAGUUUCUCUGCAUUAAUAAUAAUAUGGUUUUUGAGGUGAAUGAUGGAUCUUUUGCAGAUCUGGAGCAGUUGCAGACUCUGCUCAUGGACGCAAACCAACUCACAAACCUGACGGAUCACAUGUUUGAAGGACUGUCAAGUUUAAUUUUGCUGUCUCUGCAGAGGAACAGCAUCUCGUCCAUCUCCCCGGUGGCGUUUAGAUCCUUAUCGAGUUUAAAGACAUUACAGCUGAAGUCCAACCGACUGCACCAGAUCAGGGACAUUAGGACAAUCUUUCAGAUACUGGAUUUGAAGGAUUUGUCCCUCAGCGACAACCAGUUGACUUCUAUUCAAUCCCAAGAUCUUCCUUUUGACACAAUCAAUAUCACAACUCUAGAUCUGAGUCAAAAUCCACUCAGAAGGUUUAGCAUCACCAGAGAUAAGUUCCCUCACCUUCAAUCCCUCGACUUCACCAAGUGCACUUACAACAUUGAAUGGGACGUAGCAAAUACUACAUUUCUGAGGAGCUUGACCAGUUUACACUUGAGUGGACUUCAAAUUAAUUUGGCAACAUACAGAGUCAUGAUUAACAGCACCGACUCGCUGCAGACGCUAGUCAUGAGCUCCAUGGGGACCGGGUUAGCCAAACACUUGGUACAUGUUUCCUGCUUCAAGCCGUCACUAAGGAUUCUCAAAGUGCAGUUUUGUGAAAUACAUUCAGUCGAUGACAACCUGCUUCAACCUUGUUAUCGGCUCACGGAGCUGCGAAUAACAGCCAGUCAAAUGUCUAAAAUGUCGGAACAAUCACUCAGUUCCAUGACACGCCUCAGGGUUUUGGGUUUAAUCGGGAACUGGCUGCCUAAAGUACCGCUGACAGUACGAGGACUGUCCACGCUGGAAACCCUGGCCCUCAACUCCAAUCACAUCACUGAGCUCAACUGCCUCGACUUUGCAAACAUGACAAAGUUAAAAGAACUUGACCUUGAGUACAAUUACAUUUUCAGACUCCAAGAAUGUGUCUUUCAAAACUUGCAAAAUUUAAGAGUUCUUAAUAUUGGAAAGAAUUCCAUUUUCGCUCUUGAAAACAGCUUCAAGGUCAAUAUGCAGAAGCUGGAAAUCUUAAAUUUGCGCAGUAACGAUGCCAUGAGCUUCAAGCGAGGAGAGUUUAGGAAUCUAUCCUCCCUUCGUUUUCUGGACCUACAGUCAAAAAUCCGUUACAUCGUGUAUAACAAUGCUUUUGAAGGACUUGAUCAUCUUCAGGCUCUCAGCGUUUCAACAUACCGUUACAAGAAGGAGCUUUUCCAUGGACUGAAACAUCUACAAAACCUGACGUUACAUCUGACAUUCCAUUGGAACUGGAUGAGGUCUGGACUUAACAAUGACCCACCGUUCUCAAGUUUACCAAACCUGAAAAGGCUCAAGCUGAAGGUUUACAACCGGCUUCUGUUCACUCACAUUUAUCCAGACCUACUCAGUGGUCUGGACUGUUUGGAGGACUUCAGCGCCGAUAACUUCUUCCAGAAAGCAGUGCAUCCAGACACAUUUAAGUACACCCCUCACCUGCAGAGUCUUCAGAUCAUCUACUGUGAGUUGUCGGUUUUACCUCCUGAACUCUUUCAUCAUAUUCCAAAGCUGCAGGUGCUCGAUCUCUCCAAAAAUAAUUUCCGGUCUUUGGAUUUCUUGGCCCAGUCCAACCUCAUGGAACUGAGCCAGUUGAUAAUUACGGAGAAUAAACUGUCAAUAAUAAACGAGACCAUCUUUCUAAUGCUCCCAUCAUUAAGGUAUCUGGACCUGAUGGACAACCCUUUAACCUGUGAAUGCACCAACGCCGGCUUCAACCUAUGGGUGCAUUACAACACCCAAACACAGGUGGUGAACGGUUACCAGUACCCCUGCGCCUUUCCCGUCGGUGAACAAGGAAGAAAGUUCCUGGACUUUGACGCCCACUCCUGUUGGGUAGAUGCCAGUUUUAUUUGCUUCAUCUCUACCUCGUCCCUGAUUGUGUUUGUUCUUUUCACUUCCCUUUUCUACAAUUCUCUGAGAUGGCACGUAGUUUACGCCUACUACCUGUUCCUGGCAUUUCUCUAUGAUACCAAGAACAGGAAAAGAGGCGUUCACUAUCAAUAUGACGCCUUCAUUUCCUACAACGUUCAGGAUGAGGAGUGGGUUUACAGGGAAAUGUUGCCGGUGCUGGAAGGUGAACAGGGCUGGAGGCUCUGCUUGCACCACCGAGACUUUGAACCAGGGAAACCCAUCGUCGACAACAUCACCGACGCCAUCUACGGCAGCAGGAAAACCAUCUGCGUGAUCAGCCGCUGUUACCUGCAGAGUGAAUGGUGUUCCAGAGAGAUCCAGAUGGCCAGUUUCCGUCUUUUUGACGAGCAGAAGGACGUCCUGGUCCUGGUUUUCCUGGAGGACAUCCCAUCCUGGCAGCUGUCUCCUCACCAUCGGAUGAGGAAGGUGCUGAAGAAACGAACCUACCUGAGCUGGACCCGGUUCGCUCCACAAACUGGCCUGUUCUGGCAGAACCUGAACCGAGCCCUGAGGACCGGAGACAAGGCCGCAGACCAGGACCGGCCCGUCGGACCGGACCUGAUGUAGGCACCACCGUCCACCGCCGAGGUUCCUCCUCCAAGAAACACAGGAAAAAGAUCCUGACAGAGGAAAAAAUAUAAAACAUGUGGUCAUAUUUAGAGAAAAACGGAACCUUUUAUAGAAUAAAGCUGCAGUUUGAGUUUCAUUAUACUUUCAUUUGUUAUCCUGAUAUAGUUGUUUGUUUUUUUUGCAUAAAUCAUUGCAUUUUCAACAUGAAUCAACAACAACAAACAUGAAUCAGGAUGAAACCAUGUGAUGGGGUGUCAAACAUGUGGCCCAUGGGCCAAAACCAGCCACCGAAGGGUCCAGUUUGUAUUUAAUUUAUAUUCUUUUUUUCUUUUUUGUGUGUUGUGUUUAUUUGCUAGGGGAGGUAUUUAUUUAAGGCUUUUUGGCUUCUAACCUCUCCUGUACAAUGGCGUCACUUGCAUAAUUCUUUUAUUCCCUUCUUGUUGUUUGUGAUGUACAAAUAAAUAAAUAAAUAUUCACAUUUUUAAAUGAUAGUUUGUAGAUGUAAACUUUUACAUUAUGUAUUUUUUUCUUUUUACUAAAACGUAGAGAAAAGUUUGGAGUUGACAUUACCUAUAGGUUAUGAUGUAAUUAUUUUCCUGGUUUGAGCUGUUUGAGCUCAUAUAAGGCUGAAUGUGGAACCUGAACUAAAAUGACUUGAACAUGCCUGUGAUAUUUGUCUGAAUGUUUGACUUGGAUAA